ACGAAGCAAAAUGAUAUCAGAAUUAACUUUCUUCAUGAGGUACUAUUACUAUACACUAAUACCUUUUGUCUAAUAGGUGUAAUACAUAGAAUAGGUCGGUUGUGUUAACAUUGACUGUGAACACCUAGGAAACACUUUCACUGCCGUGUAACUGUUUAGUUGAGAUUGUUGUGCCUACGAUUAAGAAGUGUUGCGGUCCUUGAAGGCAACUGAUUUUCUAUUUUCACAUUUCAGGCGAUGAAGGAUAACUGGUUUUUCAAACUGUUGAUUGUAUCAUGUUCGAUUUGGUCAGCUACAGCACUAAAUUCUGCGUGGAGAUGGGAAUGCAUCGGAGGAUUCUGCCAAAAACGUCGUAUCAAUAACUCAACCGAAACAGGUGCCAUUAGUCUUUCAGUGUGCCAGAUAUUUUGCUCAAAUAACGCUGCUCUGUGGCCAAAACCCACCGGAAAGGUAUCAGUGGGAAACUACCUGUUGCCAAUAAAUGCCAAUAGCAUCGACAUAGCAGGGAUUGCUGCCACUGCUCCUUCGGUGUCUAUUCUUCGGCAUGCCGUCCAAAGAUUGAGACAACAGACUGAACAAAAAGGAAGUGCUAAAGCCAGAAACAAAGGUGGAAGAGCGGCCUUUUUCUAUUUCGACAUUGCUGAUACAAGCAUUGUCGAUCCGGUUUUGAGGAUCGACGAGAGCUAUUCACUGUUUGUAUCUGAAUCCAGUUCUGGUUCUUUAAAUGUGACCAUAAAAGCUCAAAAUGCUUUUGGGGCAAGACACGCGAUAGAAACGUUUGGUCAGUUAGUCGUGCAUGACGACUUGAGAGACGAACUUGUUGUGCCGAGAGAUGUAGAAGUGGAAGACGCCCCUGUGUACACGUACAGGGGUUUAACAUUGGAUACUUCGAGAAACUUCAUUUCGGUGGAAGCUAUAAAGAGAAACAUCGAUGCGAUGGCCGCCUCAAAGCUUAACAGAUUCCAUUGGCACAUCACCGACACUCAUAGCUUUCCUUUCUAUUCAAAAUCUCAACCACAACUUAGUAAACUUGGUGCCUAUUCCCCUAAAAAGGUGUACAUGCCAGACCAAAUUGAAGACAUCGUUGAAUACGCGAGAGUUCGAGGGGUGAAAGUGGUUCCGGAAUUUGAUGCUCCAGCCCACGUAGGAGAAGGAUGGCAAGAUAGUGGAUUUGUUGUGUGCUUAAAUAAACAACCGUGGGAACUGUAUUGUGUUGAACCACCCUGUGGACAGUUUGACCCAACCGAAGAUGGACUCUACGACGUCCUUGGUGAUAUCUAUGGCGAUAUGUUCGAACUUUUCAAGCCAGACAUUUUUCAUAUGGGCGGUGAUGAAAUAUCAUUUUCUUGUUGGAGAUCGGAAGAGAAAAUAUUAAAUUGGUUAAAUGCCAGAGGCUGGAACAGUAGCUCUGAAGAGGAGAACUUUACGAAGCUUUGGAAUCUGUUUCAAACAAAAGCCAUUGCACAACUUGAUUUCAAAGCCAAAACGACAUUGCCUAUCAUCAUGUGGACAAGUGAACUAACAAGAAAAGAAAAUAUUCAAAAGUAUUUGCCUAAAGACAGAUAUGUUAUCCAAGUUUGGACAGAAGGGUCGGAUCCUCAAAUUAAGGAUCUCUUGGAUGCCAAUUACACCUUAAUCUUGAGUAAUUACGACGCCCUUUAUCUAGACUGUGGAUUUGCUGGAUGGGUUGCUGGUGGAAACAAUUGGUGUUCACCUUAUAUUGGAUGGCAAAAAGUCUACUCGAACUCGCCCUAUAAUAUAUCAGCAGGAAGAACAGACCAAAUUUUGGGUUCUUCUGCGGCUUUAUGGACAGAACAGGUAGAUGAUUCAUCUGUAGAUGGUAGAUUUUGGCCCAGAGCAGCCGCACUGGCCGAAAUUCUUUGGUCUGAACCUAAAACGACCUGGAGGGAGGCCGAGCCAAGAAUAUUAAUUCAUCGCGAAAGACUUGUUAGGGACACUGGGGUUAAUGCUGAGGCAUUGGAACCAGAAUGGUGCUUACAAAAUGAGAAUAAUUGUCCACAAAACUAAGUUAUAAUUUUUUUUAAUAAAUGAUUCACAAAUUUAUUUUAAGUAAA